CUCCUCAAGAAGGUAACUGACCUAACUUCAUGUUUUUAUAGGCGGCAUCAUUGUCCACAUCUCCCUACCAAGAUUUUUGAUAAAACCGAGAAACCAUGUCUUCUCUCCGAAUACACAGAGAACUACCCUCUCUAUCACUCGUACCUGCCCAGAGAGUCCUUCAAGCCCAAGCUGGCGUACCAGAAAGGGUCCAUACCAAUGGAAGGCCUGACCACAUCGAGGAGAGAUUUUGGGCCUCACAAAGUGUUACCAGUGAAGAUCCACCAGCCUGACCACUUUGUCCCAAGUAAAGAGAAUAUGGAUCUGCUCACGACGUAUAAACAAGACUACAACACCUAUCCUCUCUGUCGAGUGGACCCCAUCAAACCUCGGGACAGUAAAUAUCCAUGCGGUGACAAGAUGGAGUGUUUGCCUACUUAUAAAGCUGAUUAUUUACCCUGGAACCAACCAAGACGAGAGCUACUUCGUCCAGAACACAACUACUGGCCAGAAUCAACUAGGUUUGAUAGUAGAACCACACACCAGGAUGAUUACUCUGUGAAGGGCCUUGUGAGCACCAUGAGCUGUAAGCCUCCAGUCAUGCCCAAGGUCUGUAACAUCCCCCUGGAGGAUCUGACUAACUACAAAAUGAACUACGUGGCCCACCCUAUGGAGAAGCGCUUUGUGCACGAGGCGGAGAAGUUUAGAGCCUGUGAAAUACCCUUUGAGAGCCUCACCACUCACAAACAGUCCUACUGGGGCCUGAAGGGGGAGCCAGCCAAGAGCUUGAAACCUCCAGCCAGGUCCUGUGGGCUAGACACACCUUUCUCUAACACCACGGAGUUUCAAGAUAAGUUCCAAGCUUGGCCGACGCCCCAGGUGUUCUGCAAACCUCCCACCCACUAUGCCCCUCCUGAAGAAAAGAUGGACCUUCUAACAACAGUGCAGUCCCAUUACACGUACCCUAAGGGUGCUCCAGCUCAGUCCUGCCGACCAGUGCUUUGUGUCAAGAAGGGUGGUCGCUUCGAAAGCUCCACCACCACCAAGGAUGAUUACAAGCAGUGGGCCAGCAUGCGCACAGAGCCAGUCAAGCCCGUUCCCCAGCUGAACCGUCCCACUGAGCCCUUGGACUGCCUGACCACCACUAGGGCCCACUAUGUACCCCACCCACCCAUUAAUACCAAAAGCUAUAAGCCCUCCUGGUCUGGUCCCAGAGGAAGUAUCCCUAUGGAGGGCCAGACGACAUACACCAUCAGCUUUACUCCCAAGGAAAUGGGAAGGUGCCUGGCUUCAUACCCUGAGCCUCCUGGCUACAUCUUUGAAGAAACAGAUGCUUCGGGGCAUAGGAUAUACAGGCCGAUUUCCCAGACAUGCUCUCGGCGGAACAGCCCUCUUUCUGCAGGUGAUUCGGAAAACCCCAGACAGCAGGAGUUGGCAGUGUCGGCCUGA